AUGUCAGGCAAAAUUUAUCACAGAUCCUCCUUUUCAAGUGAAGAAGAAGCAGACAAACAUGAAGAAGAAAACCAAUUAGUCCCUGCCAACAAUUAUAAUCAUGCUAUAGUUCCAAUGUACCAGAAAAGCGUUCCAACGCCUGGUACCUAUGUUGUUACACUUCCUAAAGAUCAAAUUUACCGUAUCCCACCACCGGAAAAUGCCCACCUCUUCGAAAACUACAACCGCAAGAAGAAAAACCGUCCGAGCAAUUGCUGUUGUGUUUUAUUCUGGAUUCUCAGCCUCAUCAUCCUUCUGGGUCUCCUAACUGCCAUUGCUUCGGGCAUCUUCUACGCCAUCUUCCAGCCAAAGGCUUUAGAAUAUUCGGUCGAGAUUUUCUCCAUCAAAGGCCUCAACAAGAACCUUACAUCAUCGUCAGGUCUGAAACUCUCACCGGAGUUUGACAUCACCGUCAAAUCCAAAAAUCCAAACGGGAAGAUAAGUUUUUAUUACCUGGCGGAAGGAAGCUCAGUUACCGUUUCUUACUCUAAAGUUGAAUUGUCAACUGGUGAAUUUAAAACAUUCCACCAACCUGCAAAUAAUGCAACGUUUAUUCAACUGGCGUUAGAAAGUACCGAUGGAGUACAGAUGUCUAAAAAUACUCGUACUUCGCUAAUGGAUCGACAAGAGAUAGGAAAUAUUCCAUUUGAACUGGAUGUGAAUGUGCCUGUUAAGGUCAACGUUGGUUCUCUCAAGACAUGGACGAUUACCCUUAACGUUCGUUGCGAUGUUUCGACGGAUAAGUUAACGGUCAAUUCAACUUUGGUUUCUAACAAGUGUGAAGUUAAGGCAAAGCAUUAG